AUGUUGGACUAUCAAUCAGUGAAUGCCCCCAAUCAACAUGAUUUGGUUAAAUUACAUUUAACAACAGCUAAAGAGUUGUAUGAAGAAUCGGGCAAAGAUGGUAGACGAGACCUCUCACGAACUACGGAGAAGUUAGCUGAUAUUGAAGCAAAAUUAAAGGAAUAUGGUUUAGCACACGAACAUUUCAAUAUGGCAUUGACAUUACAUCAAGACCUUCUCAGAGAAUACGAAGGAAAGCUGAACAAUGAAGCGGCCAACAGUACCGAAAACAACAACAACAUCGGUAUUGCUCGUGAGCGCUAUGAGCUCACUAUAAAAUUUCUCGGACUUGACGAUACAAAAAUGAUCGAAAUACUUAAAGAUGAGAUCAAAGUUAUUGAAAAAAAACUAAGCAAUCUACAGAUACUAAUGAAAUAA